UCGCGUUCAUGACAAGGUUUCCCAAUUUCGCCACGACGCCUUUCUUACUUUGCUUCGACAAUGAUCUACUUUCUUCAAACGAUGCGUCAUCUGCCUACUCAUUAGUUGGAAAAGCUGUUGGAAAUCACAAUAAAGCUUGCCAUUCAGCUUUCAGCGGACGACUGGUGAUGCCACAGAGAGGAAUAUUUGGGCCCACACGACAUCUUGUUCUCUUCCAUGGUCCUGUCGACCACAAUCUUGAAGGCAUUGGAAGAAAUGUGUCGUUACGGAUCAGCAUUCUUCACACCCACAGGGCUGGUGCUCUGCUUCCUGGUGGCUACCAUCACUACGGCCACUGCUUUCUCCGCCCGAUCAAGUACAUCUGCUACAAAUGUCAAAGGGCUGACAACAGCAACAAGUACUGCAUCCAAUGAAACCACUCCAUUGAUCGUUCCAAAUAAGGAAAUCAGCACAACCAAAAAAUCCUUUUCUCUGUUCUGUAAACCAUCCACUUUUGCUGCUGCACAGGGACGGGAGCCAUCAUUUCUGAAAAAGCAGCUGCGUCGAUUUACGGUUUUCCGCGUGGCGUUCCAAGUCUUUCUAGAAUACAAGUGGGCGCAACGCCAAGCCAAGGGACGCAAAAAGCGACUUCAGUUGGAUCCUGAUGAUCCAGACAGCGAUGAUCAUCCUGAAAUUCAAGCUUACUGGAGUCAGGUCCACGACCGAAACGCCAAAAUGCUGCUGAAAAAGAUUCAAAAACUCGAAGGGUUUUGGGUGAAAGUGGGGCAGUAUCUUUCCACAAGAGCCGAUGUGAUGCCCUCGGAAUAUCUGCAGACCCUGUCCGAGUUACAAGACAGUAUGCCUCCGCGAUCCUGGGCUAAUACUUGGCAAACUAUUCAGGAAGAGUUGGACGAAAGUGCUCUGAAGCAACUGGAGCACAUUGACCCAACGCCGCUUUCCACAGCAAGUCUGGCACAGGUCCACCGGGCAUCGUUGAAGAAUCAUAAUGGGCAAUCACAUCACCCUGUCGUCCUCAAGGUGCAGCAUCGUGGUAUUGCAUCCCUGAUGCUGCAGGACAUGGAAAACCUACGUGUAAUCUUGGAACUCCUUGCCAAAACGGAUCCUGAUUUGGACUUCGGACCAGUGAUACGCGAGUAUAACGCAGAGGUAAAAAAAGAACUAGACUUUCGAAGGGAAGCUGAAAACAUGAAGGACGUCAGUAAGCUUCUGGAAGAUGCGAAAAUCAAAGCGAUUGUACCAGAAACGAUUCCUGGUCUUAUCACGGAGCGUGUUUUGGUGAUGGACUUUUGUGAGGGCUUUCCAAUUAGAGACACUGACAAACUUGACGAGCUCGGUGUUGACCGAGAGUUGCUCCUGGAACGAGUUUGCGCAGCUUGGGCCGUGCAGAUGCACGUGGGAGGAGUCUUCAAUGCAGAUCCUCACAUGGGCAACCUGCUGGUUUCCACUGCUGUCCCUGGGGACGCGUCGGUUCCAGUAUUGCUGGACUUUGGACUCACAAAGCGCUUGGAUCCACAGAUCAAGGUGGCAUUCGCUCGUCUGAUGCACUCUUCACAUGAGAGCGAUGUCGACGGUCUCUUGCAAAGCUUUGAUGAAAUGGGCUUGAAGAUCAACCGAGAAAAGGGUCAAGACCCAUUCGAAGAUAUGGCCAACAUGCAGCGCGGCUUUGGUAAUACCGUACCACAGUCUCAGGCCCGCGAGGUUUCCAAGCAAAAGAGCAAAGAGUAUCACCAACGACAGGAAGCAAAACGUGCCGAAGCGGGGCUAAAGAAGAAAGAGAAACUACGGAGUCCGGUGGAGGCCUGGCCAUCAGAAUUGGUAUUCUUCGGGCGCGUUACCAACAUGCUGCGAGGUAUGUGUUCUCGGCUUGAUGUGAGCUACCCCUACCUAAAGACCAUGGCCAUGGCGGCGCGAGAGACACUGCGAGCAUCUGUUCCCCUGGAAGAGCACGCAGACGCCCUCAUCCACCCAUCGUCUCAGUCCAUCUCGACACCCCUGCAAAGGCGCUUGAUAGAAGCGCUGCAUCAAAUCAACGAGGAAGGUCACAUGGUGGGAUUGCAAGUUAGUGUGCUUCAGCACGGCGAAGCCAUAGCUCAGGUUGCAGCUGGAACAAUGGGCACAGCAAACCCCAGGGCAGUGACUCCAACGACGCUAUUCAACAUUUUCUCAGUUUCCAAAGGUGUCUUGACGAUUGGUUUACUUCGCUUGAUCCAAGAUGGGCACAUUGACAGUCUAGACGAUCCAGUUGCGAAUUAUUGGCCCGCCUUUGAAUCGAAACCUCAAGUCACUGUGCGCCAUCUCCUGACGCACCAAGCAGGUCUUGCCUCAGUCUAUCCUGAAGACGCCACACUCGAUACUCUUCUGGACUGGUCGACUAUGACCACCUUCAUGGCGAAGGAAGCUGUGCCGAGUCAUGAGCCCGGUGCAGAGACGCAGUAUCACGCCUUGUCGUAUGCUUGGCUAGUAGGAGGAUUGAUUGAGGCUGUCACGGGAAAGCCCUACGAAGAAUGGUUAGACUCUGUGCUACCAUACAACAGCCUUGAGUUUCCAGGCGAGGAAACUGCACGUCGCAAUCUGUUUCUGGCGGGUAUCUCAGAGGAUGUUUGCAACGACAGGGAUCUGGCGGUGCUUUCAAUUGAUCGCAGUAGCCUCGCCUCGAACCAGCCAAAGGGCGGCGAACAGAAGGACGUCAAACCUCCUGCAGCGACAUCGACCAAAGAUGACAGUGACGAUGAGGAUGAGGACGAGAGGAGAAAAAAAGCGAGGAAGGUGCUUACCAAGUACCGAGGAUUGCAGCAAUUGAUGAACCCCUCCGUGUUCAAUAUGCGCAAAGUUCGCGAAGCCAAGCUUCCCUCAGCCAAUGGUCAUGCGUCUGCUGCUUCCCUGGCUGAAGUAUUUGACGCUGUGAUUCGCAGCAAUGAAGGCAGCGAUCCGUUGCUGUCCAAGGAGAUGCUGGAACUGGCACGCACCCCGAGCCGCACAUCAUCCCAAGACAGCAGCACUCAGAAACAAGCCAUGCUGAACGAUGCGGAGGCAAAGUUUGGUUUGGGGUUUCAGCUCCACGAAUUCACCUUACCCAACGGUGACAAGGGCGUCUCGAUUGGUCACGCUGGUCUCGGCGGGAGUGUGGUAAUGGCGAUUCCGGAGGAGCAGGUCGUGGUGGCUCUGACUUUGAACCAUCUUAGCCAAGAUUCCGUCGCCCGAAAACGCAUCUUGGGUAUUAUUUUUGACGAGCUCGGCUGGAAGGCCCCGGCCAGUAUCCCUGUUGAGUUGCACACCGAUGAGUUGACACUUCCAAACCAGGAGUUGGCGGAGGAAGCUGCUCGUCCAUAAAUUUUUAAAAUCAUUUUGUUUCUGCUUCGAGUAGGAGCUUGUGUGGAGAGUUCUCCUGGUGGGCUCCCAAACAAGUACCAUUAGUUGUAGCGCCACUUAGAGAGUCUUCGGUCGAUCCUCCGUGUUUUAGACCAUAGACGACCGCUACCGGUGGCCUACGAAUCACUCAACCACGAGCGCCUCUUUUUAUCAAAAGACACUAUAGUAUUUACUACGCUACCAACGAAAGUG